AUGUAUAUCGCGGCUCUCUUCGUCGCCGGGAUAUACUACGCAUCAUUAUGGUGUCUGAUGAACGCUUGCACCUUCAAGUCCUACAAGUCCGUCUUUUAUCACCAUGGGUAUGGACGAGUAGGGCUGUAUAAGAACGCGGACGCUUCCCGUCGCUCGCAACAUAACAUCUUUGGACAAAGGUUCGGUGCUGUGUUUUCUAAGAGACCGGCAGCUGAUAUUUGCUCGUGGCAGAUUUACCGACACGUGGUUUUCAUCGACCCGCAUAUAUCAACUCAACGUGUUAAGAGCUGUCCUGCUGGGCUGAGUUCACCUACAGGCAGGGUGGUAGUAUUCGCCAGUUCAUACAACCUUGUCAACGAGCUGUCGGAUGAUUCGAGAUUCCGGAAAUCAGUUGGCAGCGCAUUAAAGGAACGCGAAAUCUCGUUCAUGAUGGAAUCUUCACAGCGUGUUUCUCCGCCGUGCUUUCAUAUCGCUCUAUACAUGACAGGCUUUCAGUGA